AUGGAGGUGUUUGCACCUGACCGCCACGAAGGCGGCAACGAGGGAGGCCCGACGCCGGUGCUCGAUGAUUCGCCCUCCGGAUCGGCCCCGGCGCCGCCUCCGUCCGAGGUGCCUGACGUGGUUCGCACCUACUUCCCCGAGACGUGGCUGUUCGAUCUCCAUACGGUCGGGAACGACGGCUCGGUGACGCUGACCCAGAAGGUGCCGGACACCAUCACCGAGUGGGUAGGCGGAGCCGUGUGCAGCUCAGAGACGGCCGGCCUUGGCGUGGCGCCGUCGGCCUCCCUCACCAGCUUCCAGCCGUUCUUCGUCAGCUACGCGCUGCCCUACUCGGUGAAACGCGGCGAGACGUUAGUGCUCAAGGUCUCGGUGCUCAACUACAACAAAGAGGCGCUGCCGGUCAAGCUGACACUGGUGGCGUCGGACGAGUUCGAGACGCUCUCGGCGCCGGUGGUGACCUCGUGCGUGUCGACCGGCGUGGCCGAGGUCGUGCCGUACCGGCUGCGGCCCGGCCAGCUCGGCGACGUUAACAUCACCGUGGUGGCUGAAGUGUACUCCGUCUUCUCCGCCGAGUGUGGGUCAGGGGUGGUGCCCUACUUCAGGGACGCCGUGACCAGGCCGAUUCUGGUGGAGCCGGAGGGCUUCGAGCGUGAAGUCAUCCACUCCUUCUUCAUGUGCAUCAGCCCGGAGGGUGCCGACCUGUCGGGCGGACCGAAUAGGCGGGAGGUUGACUGGCCGCUGCUUCUGCCGGCCGACCUGGUGCCCGACUCCGAGCGGGCUCAGAUCGCCGUCGUCAGAGACCUGCUGGGUCCGCAGGACGAACAUAAAAGCAGCCGAGAACGACUGUUACAUGAAGUUUAUCAGGAAAUUUUGUUGUGGCCGAAGUAAUAAUCGCUUUUGCCUUCUGUAACAAUAUCACUCGCUCCCUUUUACCUCACCAUACAACAGAAUACCAGACAAAAAUGUGUCAGAAGCGGACCUUA